UUUCUGACCCCCGGAGGGCCGGGGACGCCCGUCUCCUUGUCUGCCCCUUUCUUCCCGCUCCGCGUGGGACCACAGCGCCACCUCCACCCCGCCCGGGGCCAGGUCUGCCCCCUGAGCCUGCCGCACCCGCUUCCCACCCGAGCCCCCGGAGAAAGCCCCGGCACAGGCCCUGCCCGCCUGAGCCUCAGGGAGGCCGGGAGAGAGGGAUGGGCACGGCGACCCAAGGCUCGCGGCUUAUUUCUACCCAGUUAGCUGUUCUGCCAGUCUCCUCACCCGUUUGCCCUGUGGGGCGUCAACACCCCGACUUCCUGACCUUUCCCGCCGCAUAGUCCAGCCUCUGACUCCUCCUCCGCCUCCUGUGAGUGUUGAAUUGAUCCGUCUCUCCAGCCAGAUCCCGCCUCCUGGGGGAACCAUGUCUCCUGGCGCUCGGGGAGCCGCGCGUAGUGCCAGGUGCUCGGCGUUGCGCAGGAGGAGGUGCUGCCUGAGUUCUCCAUGACUACUGGGAGAAGAAAUGCUGGAGUUUCCGACCGAAAAUUAGCCAACCAAGAGAACUGUCUCCCAGGAUGGACUUUCUAUUUCUCUUCCUGUGCUACCUGGCUUUGAUGCCGAUUGGCGUUGUUAUGAUCUGUAUCUGUUCGAAAACCCGCAGCCUGAAAGGCCUGGUGUGGGGAGGAGCACAGCUUUUUUCCUGUAUAAUUCCAGAAUGCCUCCAGAGAGCCAUACAGAGAUUGCUCCAUUACUUCUUGCAUACGCGAAACCACGCCUUCAUUAUCCUGCAUCUCAUCUUGCAAGGAAUGGUUUAUACAGAAUACACCUGGGAAAUAUUUGGCUACUGUCGAGAGCUGGAAUUCUCCUUGUAUUACCUUCUUCUGCCCUAUCUGCUGCUGUUUGUAAACUUGUGUUUUUUCGCCCUAACUUAUGUAACCAACCCUGGGACUGUAACAAAAGCAAAUGAAUUAUUGCUGCUGCAAGUUUAUGAAUUCGAUGAAGUGAUGUUUCUGAAGAACACGAGGUGUCCCACUUGUGAUUUAAGGAAACCAGCUCGAUCCAAGCACUGCAGUGUGUGUAACCGGUGUGUGCACCGUUUUGACCAUCACUGUGUCUGGGUGAACAACUGCAUCGGGGCCUGGAACACCGGGUACUUCCUCAUCUACCUCUCGACGCUGACGGCUGCGGCUGCCAGUGUGACUGCUGUGAGCGCUGCAUUCCUGGUCCAGCUGGCGAUCCUCUCGGAUCUGUACCUGGAGACCUACAUUGAUGACCUCGGACACCCACAAGUGGUUGACAUCACCUUUCUUGUCCAGUACCUGUUCCUGACCUUUCCAAGGAUUGUCUUCAUGCUGGGGUUUGUCUUGAUACUGAGCUUCCUCCUGGGAGGCUACCUGUGUUUUGCUCUGUACCUGGCCAUCACCAACCGGACCACUAACGAGUGGUACAGGGGGGACCAGGCCCAGUGCCAGCACUACCUCCGCCCAGCUGGGCCCCUGUCACCAAAGCACCGAGUCUGCCGGAACAUUUACUCCCACGGGGUUUGGGGCAACCUGGGUGAGAUCUUCCUACCUGCUGCACAUUAUGAGAAGAACAAAUAAGCACGGAAAGAGUGUUACUGCUUUUUAAAUAUGGUAUACAUUUAUAUAUGCACAAGGAUA